CACCGGCGAAAGUAUGAAUCGCUCCUCGACUCCGAGAUCCCCGAUUCUAUAACCUGGUCGAGUGUGGUAGAUUUGAGGUUGGAAAUAAAAAGGUUGGGUAGAUGGGAAAAGAAAAUAACAAGCAAUAGAAAUCAGAUAGGUUGAACUGGAAUUGGAAAAGAAGUACCACAAAUGCAUUCAGAAUCGUGUGUCGUGAUUAAUGACAAGAAGUUGAAUUUUGGUAGGUGGUUGUUGCUUUGGGACUAAAGUUGGCUUGGAACACUGGGAGGAACUGUGUAGCAAGAUAGAAAAAUGGAAGCUGAAGCACCUCCACAUGUGUCCACUGAAUUACACACAUUGGACCAGGAAACCAAGGAGGCAGUUGAAACACCUACAGAUUUCUCCACUAAGUUGCGGCCUGAGGAAGACGAAAACAAGGAAGCGAAAAUAAUUGUGGACACAACUCAUCCACUCUCAAAGGAGCAGAAAAGAAAGGAAGAAAAUGAAGCAUCUGCAGAUGCCUCUGAGCCACACUCAAUAGAGCUGGGAGGCAAGAGCAAAGGUGCGGAGACUUCCAAUGAGUUGCAGGCUCCUAAAAGGAAAACUAGGAAGGUUUUGAAACCCAGAUCAAAAAUUGCCAAGAAAUCUCCUGCCAGUAAUUCCUUGGACAAGAAAAAGGCCGAAGAAAUCUCCACUAAGUUGCAGCCUGAGGAAGACGAAAACAAGGAAGCUGGAAUAAUUAUGGACACAACUCAGCCACUCUCAAAGGAGCAGGAACGAAAGGAGGAAAAUGAAGCACCUGCAGAUGCCUUUGAGCCACACUCAAUAGAGCUGGAAGGCAGGAGCAAAGGUGCGGAGACUUCCAAUGAGUUGCAGGCUCCUAAAAAGAAAACUAGGAAGGUUUUGAAACCCAGAUCAGAAAUUUCCAAGACAUCUCCUGCCAUUAAUUCCUUGAAUAAGAAAACGGCGAAAGUUACUGUUGCAGAACUCGAGGGGAAAGAAGAAAUAAAGAAGAAAGCAGUAUCACUGAUUAAUAAUGGAAAUAGUAGCAUAGAAGUAGGGACCACAGAUGCCUUAUGUAUGGAGCAGGAAAACAAGGAGGAAAUUAAAUCGGCUGCAGAUUUCUCUGCUGAGCCACAUUCUAUGGAGCUGGAAAAUAAGAACAAAGUAGCAGGAACCUCCAAUGAGUUGCCGGCUCAGCAGAAAAAUGAGGUGGAAAUUCAAGCAGCUCCAGAGGUCUCCACUGAGCCACACUCUGUGGAGCUGAAAAAGAAGAGUGAAUCUGCGCUGACCUCCGAAAAGAUGCAGGCCCCUAGGAAGAGAACUGUUAAAGUUUUGAAAGCCAGAUCAAAAAUUGUCAAGAAAUCUCCUGCCAUUGCUUCAUCGAUGAAGAAAAAAGUCGAAGCUACCAUACCAAAAGUUGAGGUGGAAAAAGCAACAAAGGCGAAAGAUGUGUUGUCAGUUAAGAAUGGAAAUAGCAGCAAAGGAGACUCCUUGAAGCAAUCUACUUCUGGUGAUAAGAUGCUACGGAAUGCAGAUGAUUUGAGGAGUGAAGGAAAGGAUGAUUGCAACUUGAAAGGUGGAAAUAGCUGCACUCAUGUAGAGAAGAAUGCAAAGGAACCAGCUGCAGAUAAUAGUGAGAAAAAUGGAUCUGGAGUGCUUGGAAAAAGCAAAAGGAAAUGGAAGGAAACAGUAAAACAAAAGUCUAACAAGAGUUUGAACAAUUUGAAGGACAAUGAGAAACCUGACAAUUUGGAAAAGAAACCGAGAAAAGAAAAGAAAGAAAAACUCGGUGGUUUGAUUUUUAUGUGCAACUCCAAGACCAAACCAGAUUGUUUAAGUUAUGGUGUCAUGGGCAUCUCCUUGAGUAAAAAGGAUCUUGUGUUGGGCGUCAGACCUGGUCUCAAGCUUUUUCUGUAUGAUUAUGAUCUUAAGCUUAUGUACGGAAUUUACAAGGCCACCUCUCCUGGGGGCAUGAGACUCGAGCCUAGCGCUUUUAAUGGGGCUUUUCCAGUUCAGGUGCGAUUUAAAGUUCAUCUCGAGUGUUAUCCGCUGCCAGAGACUAUCUUCAAAAAGGGCAUGGGAGAAAAUUUUACAACUAAACACAAAUUCAAAACAGAACUUUCUAUUGAACAGGUAAGUAGGCUUGCAGCACUUUUUCGACCAGUAGAGCUCCAUGUGAAAGAAUUGCCUGCUCGUUCCCCAAGAUUGACCAAAAGCAGAAUGGGGGAUUCUCAUGUCAGAGCUCGUGAAUCACGACAUCUAUCACGUAGGGAAACAUCGUCUAGGGAUCCUUAUGCUGAACAUCAAUCUCGAAGACUUCCGGAAUUAGCUCAUGAAAGUGACCGACCAGUUGUGGGCCGUGAGCUAGCGCCUAGGCCAAGAGCAGAAUCUCGAGAAAUGUAUCUUACGGAGCAGGAGUAUCGAGCAUUUGGUCUUAGAGGAGAGAGGAGGAACGCAGAUUUCCGAAGGCAUAUUUCUCCUACCCUAAGACCAUACAGGGAGGAUCACGAGAGAGAGCGCAUUCGAAGACUACCGGAAGAGAUACAUAGGGAAGCUGCUCCGGCGCGGAGGGAUAAUGCUGUUGGACGUAGCUAUACGAGUGACAGGGGAUAUAGAACUUAUUCCCUUCAUCCAAGGGAGGAAUUGCACAGCCAAGUUCCUCCUAGGGCAGGUACAUCCGCUGCUGCUGCUUUUAACUCCUACCAGGAGGAUCCUUAUGAUGCAUAUCAGCAUGGUGCUGCAUCUGCGGACCCAUAUGCACAUCGUUCAAGAAGGGAGGACAUACCCUCAGGUUCUCUUUAUGGUCGUAGUAGGCGGGAAAGUUAUUUGACUGAGAAGGACCAUCUACGAAGGAGAGCAGUUGAUCGGGAUGAAUCACUUCCGAGGUAUAUUGAUGAUUUACUGGGACAUGAUCGAGCACACCGUUACGGGACUAAUGAGAACAAUGCUGCUAGCUUGCCGGUUUCAUCUCGAUACUCUUUUGCAGGUCCGAGGAUCUGAAAUCAGCAAACUUUUUACCCCCUCUUUUUCUUGCAUAUGAGGGUUUAUGUAUUUGCUUAACCUGUUCCUAGUAAUAUCUUCCUGCACCCGUGCUUCAGAGACUGGUCCGAAAGAGUGUCCAUGGAUGUUAUAUAUAAGCCUUUGGUUCGCAGAUUAAGUGCGUUGUGAUUUUCUUUGUAAGGAAUUGCUGGUUUUUUAUUUAGCUCAAGAUCUUUUACGAGGCUGGAUUUUUUGUCGAUUUAGAAUGAGUUAUAGACGUGAUUUUUUUCCUUGCAGCCUACAAUCGUAAGAAUAGGAAUUGGCUUUUUAUUCCGUGUCGGACGUUAUUCUAGAUGAUAUGAGAUUGUCGUC